CACGUAUACGCCCAUAAUGCGUCGUAAGACGCUCAACCCAGCGUCGCCAUGGUACCCACCCGCCCUCGGCUGGCCGUCGCUCGUCGCCGCCGUCGUGACCACGUGGGUGCUGAUGGCCGUGCUGGCGUACUUUGCGCACCAGAGCACAACCAACGGUGGCGUGCUGUUCGCUUCUGACAUCAACGACGUCCCGCUGCGCCGUGCGUUUGCGUACCGCUACGCCCCGACGCUCGUCGCGGUGCUGUUUAGCGUCUGCCUGGUCUGGAUCGACCACGAUGCCAAGCGCUACGAGCCCUACCGGCAGAUGGCGAGGCAAGAGCGCGGUGCGGGUGCGCGCGAUUCGCUGCUGGUUGCGUAUCCGUUUGAGUUUGCGCCGUUUGCACCGUUUGUUGCGGCUAGGAGGGGGCAUUGGCUGGUGUUUUGGGCGGCAAGCGCAAGUGUGCUCAUGUCGUUUGGCGUUGUGCCGUUGCAGGCUGGUCUUUUUUCCACGCGCGCCAUUGAGCGCGGCUUCGCGCACGACUUCGCUGUCUCGAAUGCGUUUCUGCACUCGUCUGGGCAGGAGCGCUCGUUGAGCCUCGCCUACGCCCAGUCUGCGUACGCCAUCUUGCAAUUCAAUGAGACACUGCCACCAUUCACGGCGCGCAACUACACGCUCAAACCGUUCGCGGCUGCGGGGCGCGAGGCGGCGGCGGACGAGUUGUGGACUGCGAAUACUACGCUGUACAGCAUGGAUUUGCAGUGUGAUAGGGCUGAGGCUGCUGGCGAGAGGAAUACGACAGUUGUGAUGGAAGAGGAAAAGUACUACGCCUCGCCGGACGGCGGCCCUCCGAUCAAAAAGAUGGAAAAUGUCACGUAUACCUCCGUCAUGGAUGCCGGCUUCAACAGCUCGACAGGCUGCUAUGUGCCCCACAGGCGACUUAACAACGACACCGAGGGAGCGCAGGUCACUGUAAACGGGAAGCCGGUUGAGCAGUACUACCGAAAGUAUUCCACCGACUACAAGGGCUGGUUCUCGCCUUCGCUCGCGACUGGAUCCAUCUCAGGCAACCUCCGAAGUAGUCCGGCUUGUAGCGACCGGGGAAACCACACGUUUUUUGCCCUCUUCACCCAGAACAAGAAGACGGACGUCGAUGCCGACAAUGAGAUUACAGCCAUAUUCUGCAGCCCGUCCUACUUCGAGCAGGAUGUUGAGGCGACGGUAGACUCGAUGACCGGGGCGCCAACAAAUGUAAGAUUGAUCGGAGAGAGGCGCCCAAUCUCUCCAGACCUCUUCAACUCGUCCACCUUUGAAGACACGCUUGCAUCGGGCGAGCGCCAGAUUCAGACACGACAAGACAGCCUGCCGGGUAUCUCAAUCCCCCGCCAUUCUGAAGACCUGUACGAUAUGGACCUGACGCCCGCCGUCUUCGCCACCCCACCUAUCAUGACGACCGUCAUGUCGCAGGCCAAAGAUGGGCUCCCGGAUCUGCUGGACCCGCAGAAGCUGGGCCAGGCCUACGAGACGGUGUAUCGGAUGUUCUUCGCGCGCGCAAUGACCGAUAUCCUCCGGCCUGACUUCACCGCGGCGGCGAGAGUCACGGCGGGGCAGCUCCACUCGCGUACCGAAGCAGUAGUGCUCGAGCCCGUCUUUGUGUACCUGGUUGAGAGUCUGCUCGGAGUCGUCUCGCUGGCGAUCCUCGCGCUCAUGUAUAUUGGCUUCACCGAGCGCGCGAGCAGCAGACUCGUCGACGAUCCCGCGUCCAUGGCGACUCUAAUGUCCAUGGUCGCCGACGACGAGGCUCUGCUGGACAAGUUCGCUGAACUGGAUUGUGCGCCUGAGCAGUACUUCCAUCAGAAGCUUAGCGCAAGUGCCUACAAGUUCGGGAAUGCUUCUGCGAAUCACUGCAUUACUACCGUGGAGCUUAGCUCUGAGGCCCAACGGCCCUUGCUCGCAUCUUCGGAUUCGGAGAAGAAGGGCGCACACCGGCUGCCGAAGCCCAUGAGACCUACCGAGUUCCACGCCGCGGUCGCUGUCCCAUUUAUAGGCCUUUUCGUGGCGCUCACCAUUAUUCUCGCUAUUUUCUUCGCUCGUGCUAAGCCGAAUGGCUUGCCUCUGCCGUCAAAGAAUCCUGUUGUGCAGAACCUCGUUACCGACUAUCUCCCCACGGCUAUCGCUACUUUCAUAGAGCCUAUGUGGAUCGUUAUUAACCGGCUCUUCUGCGUCCUGCAGCCUCUCGAGCAAAUGCGAGGCGCAGGGACUGCUGCCUCACAAAGCAUUGCACUCAAUUAUGGCUCCCUCCCGCCCCAGCUCACACUGUUCAAGGCCGCUAAAAACAAGCAUUUUCUUCUUUCAGCCGUCUGCGCAAUGAGCUUGUUGGCAAACCUCCUAGCGACCUCGUUUGCGGGAUUGUUUUUUCAUUCGACUUCGUUACUCCCUUAUGAGACAAUGUCGUCGCCACCCUUUGAUUCCAAAUUCGUCAACAUCAACGGCACAUCGGGACCACCUAUCGAGACAUCUCCGUACUACAACGACCCUAUAGAAAUAUCGGGUGCGUAUCGGAAUUCGGCGGGCGAGAGCCACUUUCUGCUCUCAGAGUCUAAUCUGACUCGGAACACGUCACUACCUUCGUGGACAGAUGAGACUGCCAUGUAUCUACCAUUCAUGACAAUCGAGUCUGCAGGCGCGGCAUCAAAUGAGACCUACCGAGCUCGCACAAAGUACUUUACCGCAGAGCCUCGAUGCAGAUCUUUGUCCUUCGACAAAGAUUUUCACUUGCAUUUGUGGCCGUUUGCUAAGGAAGAUCCGCUCAAUUCUUUCAAUGUCACGGUGACCUCGUCGAAAGGGACUGAGACUACAUGCUACGGGACCGACAAUAACCGUUUCAUCAACAACUACGGGCUGAACAGCAUGUGGCAGAUCGGGGCCUCGGGCGGAAUGAGCUGCCGCAGCGGUAGAACAGCUGCGGAGAUGGCGACGACCCUUGUUGCAGGGCCAAACGCCACUGCAUACGAGCAAGCAACGUGCAGGUCUGCUGUUGCCGUUGGCUGGAUGCGGACAAACCAGGACUACUGCGACCGCACGCCGCCCAAGGACUGGAAGAAAUCCACAUUCCGAGGAUUCGAGGACGCUGACAGCGAAAACACCUUCUUCAUGCUGUGCCAGCCCGAGAUGCGCGUGGGCGAAGCGUCGGUGCUAGUCGAUGCAGCGGGCGUGCUACAGAGGCCCGCAGAAGACCACACGCUAGACCCUAGUCAAGAUACAGAAGCUCUCGCGCCGUACUUUUCUAACGACGCGACCAACUUGAUCUCGCAGUCCAACUUGUUCAUGUUCCGGACGCUGAAGCCGUGGUGGCACAACGACACGUUCGCCAGCGAGUUCAUCCACUACUUCGUGCACCGCGCCGACACGUCGCUGCGGCUCGCAGACCACAGCGCCGCGCUGCCCAGAUUUGCAGACGUCGACGCGCCCAUGAAGAAGGCGUACUCGCGCCUCUUCGCCGUCUGGCUCGGUAUCAACAAAGAUCAUCUGUUCGUGCCCGCCACUACCGCAACUGUGCAGGUCCCCAGCACCCUCCUCGUACCCGAAGAGCGUAUCUUCUUCGUUACACCGCUAUUCGUAAUCUCUAUCGCCAUCUUAGCCGUAUACAUCGUGGUAUCAACCGUCGUCUACCUGCGGCGCCCCGGCCGGUACCUCGCGCGCAUGCCUACGUCCCUCGGCGCUAUCAUCGCUCUCUUCGCCUCGAGCUCCGCGCUCGCGGAUUUCCGCGGCACCAGCACCCUCACCAACGCAGACCGCAAAAGUUAUCUCGCUCGCCUCGCGUGCCGCUACGGCUACGGUAGCUACGUCGGCACCGACGGCGCCGUCCAUGUCGGCGUCGAGAAGGCGCCGUUUUUCACCCACAUGGACGAGGUCGGGUUCGAGGGGAGUAGGGCUGCGCUGGCGAUAGUGCGGCGAAGGGAUGCAAUAAAGGCUUCUGCAUCGCUUUCGACAGUCGAGACCACGUACGAGCAUCUGCCACUGGAGGAUCGGGAGGAGCGGGGCGCCUACAGGGGUCGGUAGUGGCGCGCUUAUCACGGCUUUCAGGUGCGUGUAGACUGGCUCGGUCUACUGGUAUUAUUGUAUGCAUCGAAGGGCAAUCGAGUCCCACUCUUAUCGAGUUGGCAAUAUAUUCAUCGAAUCCUGGUGAUCUUUCACAUACGACCAUAGGACGUUGAAAACAAGGCUUCCCGUUCGCUCAGCCCUAUUUAAGCAACGUACCGGUG